GCUGUUGCUUAAGAGAUUAUAAGAAGGGACCAAGACAAGGGCUUCUUUGUGGAGGCUCUGGCUUAGGGAGUCAAGUGAUUGUUCAGCACACACGGGGGCAGUGCCAGUGGACAAAGGCACUGGCCACAGGGUUCCAGAGAGUCCCACCAACCCAGCGGCCAGAACUGUGGAGCACCAGACCAGCCAGGAAACCCAUCUACUGGCCCUCACAGAGGAACAGCAGCUGUUGUUUGAGAAGCUGACUCUAAAUUGCGACAGCUACAUCCAGCUUAUCCCCAUUUCCUUCGUGCUGGGCUUCUACGUGACGCUGGUAGUAACCCGCUGGUGGAACCAGUACGAGAACCUGCCGUGGCCCGACCGCCUCAUGUGCCUGGUGUCCGGCUUCGUGGAGGGCAAGGACGAGCUAGGCCGGCUGCUGCGGCGCACGCUCAUCCGCUACGCCAACCUGGGCAACGUGCUCAUCCUGCGCAGCGUCAGCACCGCGGUCUACAAGCGCUUCCCCAGCCCCCAGCACCUGGUGCAAGCAGGCUUUAUGACCCCUGCAGAACACAAGCACUUCGAAAAACUGAGCUUACCACACAACAUGUUCUGGGUGCCCUGGGUAUGGUUUGCCAACCUGUCGAUGAAAGCCUGGCUUGGAGGUCGAAUCCGGGACCCUAUUCUGCUCCACAGUCUGCUGAACGAAAUGAACACCCUGCGUACUCAAUGUGGUCACCUUUAUGCCUACGACUGGAUCAGUGUCCCAUUAGUGUACACACAGGUGGUGACUGUGGCAGUGUACAGCUUCUUCCUGGCUUGCCUGGUUGGGCGACAGUUUCUGAACCCAACCAAGGCCUACCCUGGCCAUGAGCUGGACCUCGUUGUGCCUCUCUUCACAUUCUUGCAGUUCUUCUUCUAUGUUGGCUGGCUGAAGGUGGCAGAACAGCUCAUCAACCCCUUUGGAGAGGAUGAUGAUGAUUUUGAGACCAACUGGAUUGUCGACAGGAACUUACAGGUGUCCCUUUUGGCUGUGGAUGAGAUGCACCAGGACCUGCCUCGGAUGGAGCGGGACAUGUACUGGAAUGAACCAGAACCCCAGCCCCCCUACACAGCUGCUUCUGCCCAGUUCCGCGGAUCCUCCUUUAUGGGCUCCACCUUCAACAUUAGCCUGCACAAAGAAGACAUGGAGUUCCAGCGGAAUCAGGAGGAGGAGGAGGAUGGUCACACUGGCAUCAUUGGCCGCUUCUUAGGGCUGCAGUCCCAUGACCACCAUCCUCCCAGGACAAACUUAAAGACUAAACUACUAUGGCCCAAGAGGGACACAUUUUUCCAGGAGGGCCAGCACAAGAACCCCAAGGGGACCAAACAGAACCUUAGGGGCCAUGAAGAUAGCAAGGCCUUAAAGCUUAAGGUAGUGGACGCCUUUAAGUCUGCUCCACUGUAUCAGAGGCCAGGCUACUACAGUGCCCCCCAGACGCCCCUCAGCCCCAAAUCCAUGGUAUUCCCCCUGGAACAUUCAGUGCCUUCAGGGCUUCACAGUGUUGCAAACAUAGACACCAAAGAUAAAAGCCUAACUGUGACUUCAGGGUCCAAGAAUGGUUUUGAAUUGCUCUCAGAGGAUGACGUGGGCUUGAUAGAACACCCAGAAGUAUCUUACACAAGGAAGAAAACUGUGGAGUUUAACCUGAUGGAUAUGCCAGAGAUCCCUGAACAUCUCAGAGAGCCACCUGGGGACCAGCCAGCAAGCAACAUACACACUAUACUCAAAGAUCAUGGAGACCAUUAUUGGGCCUUGGAAAACAGGGAUGAAGCAUAUUCCUAACCUGUUUGCUAAGGGGGAUGGCUUCACCAGCCUGGCAGUCACCUGCAUGUACAUCAGUGGGACACUGAGCCACUCACUGCCAUAUAGCUGUCCAUACUGAAGACUAUGUUCCUGUGACAGCCUGAAUUAAAUGGUUAGCUUAUGGAUAAGAAAAAUUAGUCCAGAAUUACUUCAGUCUUUUUUGUACAGAAAAACUGAAAGCUAGAAUG